UCGGGCGGGUGGAGCCGAGCGGCGGGUCGGGCGAGCGGCGGACGUGUAUUGCGCUUUCGUUGUUCCCUCAGUCGGAAAAUCGACCGAAAAUGCGAGGUUUUGGCGGAGACCGCGAUCGUGGCAGAGACAGGGGAAGCAGCAACGGGCCACGGUUUGGGGGAGGGCCUAAUCGUGGAGGCUCAUCGCUGGGAAAGAAGUUCGGCCAGCCUGGAGAACGUCUUAGAAAGAAGAAGUGGGAUUUGGAUGAGCUGCCAAAAUUUGAGAAGAAUUUCUAUGUGGAGCACCCUGAAGUGGUUAGAUUAAGCCCGUAUGAUGUGGAGGAUUUCCGUCGGAAGAAAGAAAUUACCACAAAGGGAACCGACUGCCCGAAACCAGUGUUCCAGUUUCAUCAAGCCAAUUUCCCAUCCUAUGUGAUGGAUGUUCUGUGUUCGCUGAAUUUUGUGGAACCAACACCAAUACAGUGCCAGGGCUUUCCGGUAGCGCUUAGUGGGCGUGAUAUGGUUGGAAUUGCACAGACUGGAUCUGGCAAAACGCUGGCUUAUUUAUUGCCAGCCAUCGUGCACAUCAACCACCAGCCAUUCCUUGAGCGAGGCGACGGCCCCAUUUGCUUGGUAUUGGCACCUACACGAGAGCUGGCGCAGCAGGUACAGCUGGUUGCUGAAGACUAUGGAAAAUCUUCACGAAUAAAGAGUACCUGUAUUUAUGGUGGUGCCCCUAAAGGCCCUCAGAUCCGGGACCUGGAGAGAGGAGUGGAAGUCUGCAUUGCAACCCCAGGCCGUUUGAUUGACUUCUUGGAAGCUGGAAAGACUAAUCUCCGUCGUUGCACUUACCUGGUGCUUGACGAGGCUGAUCGCAUGCUGGAUAUGGGCUUUGAGCCGCAGAUUCGGAAAAUCGUGGAGCAGAUCAGGCCUGACAGACAGACUCUGAUGUGGAGUGCCACUUGGCCAAAAGAAGUCCGGCAGCUAGCUGAGGACUUCUUACGGGAUUACAUUCAGAUCAAUGUUGGAGCCUUGGAACUGAGUGCCAACCACAACAUCCUUCAAAUUGUUGAUGUAUGUCAGGAGACUGAGAAGGACCUGAAACUGCUCCAUCUGAUGGAGGAAAUCAUGGCAGAGAAAGAAAAUAAAACAAUCAUCUUUGUAGAAACUAAACGGCGCUGUGAUGACCUGACCCGCAGGAUGAGAAGAGAUGGCUGGCCGGCAAUGUGCAUUCAUGGAGAUAAAAGUCAGCCGGAGAGAGAUUGGGUCCUUAAUGAAUUCCGAUCAGGAAAAGCACCCAUCCUUAUUGCAACUGACGUUGCAUCUCGAGGUUUAGAUGUGGAAGACAUCAAAUUUGUGAUCAAUUACGACUACCCUAAUUCCUCUGAAGACUACGUCCAUCGCAUUGGUCGUACAGCACGCAGCACAAAUAAAGGCACAGCCUACACCUUCUUCACACCAGGCAAUGUGAAACAGGCUAGGGAGCUGAUCAAAGUAUUGGAAGAGGCCAACCAAGCCAUUAACCCAAAACUUCUACAGCUUGUUGAUCAUGGAAGAGGAAGUGGAAGAGGAGGCCGUUCGCGUUAUCGGCCCACUGGAUCCAAUCCUAACACCAUGUACAGAGAUGAUCGAGACAGAGGCCGCAGCCGGGCUUUUAGAGACCUCGAUGGGGACCGCAGAGAUAGGGGAGAUGGUGGGAGCAGGUUUGGGGGGCAGAGAGAUUCCCGUGAUGCUGCAGGUCCAUUAAGUAAGCAGAGUUUCCGAUCUCCUCAGGCUAACAGUUAUGGGAGUACCAUAUAUGGGCAACAGUCAAUCCAGUACCCAAACUUCACACAAAGUGGGCUUUAUGGGACUACUAACCAAACUGUAUAUGGAGUUGCCUCUCAGACUGCAUUUGGAAAAUCGAGUACUUUCCAAACUCCAAGCCCAGGAGGUGCUUACGGAGCCUCUGGGUAUGGUGCUGCUGCUCAAGCUGUGGCUUAUACCUCGAGUAAUUACAGUGCUACAACUUCUGCCAGUGCAGGGCGGCCCCCACAGUCGGCACCACAGUACCGGCAGAAUGGGAUGGGGCAACAGCCGCAGCCACUGUUGUCUCAAACAUAUCAACAAAGCAACUCCUUGUUGGGUUAUAUGUCCCAGGGGAACUACCAGUACACACCCCCACCUCCACCACCUCCCCCUUCGCAGGGAACAACCCGAAAAUAAUUUUGCUUUUCUAAAAUUUACAUUUUGUUCCCGUUUAUAAAGGUCUAGGCAUCAAUUCCAUUUUCUACUGAACAGUAAAACUUUAAAAAGGAUAAGUAAAUUAUACAGUUGCAUCCACCUUGACUUUGUUACUACAGUAGUGUGCUGGACAGCAAACCUUGUGACACUGAUCCACCUAUCAAAAGUUUACUCAAGUCCACCAUAAAUCUGACUGAUGUGUGGUCUGCACAAGUGUGUUAAUACUUGCAAAUCAUGGCACAGAGCUGAACUGCUGAUCACUCCGUGAAUUGGUGGCAGAUCAUUGGAUGAUUGCUUGACCCUUUGAACCUAGUGAGUAAGCAAGCUCCAUGGUGCUCUGGGUUCAACCACUCUCCAGAAUAUUUUUAAACCAUUUUAUCUUUUAAAAAGGUAGGUUUUGUGUCUCUGUUGAUAUAGUGUAAUUCUAUCAGGAUGUUGAUGAUUCCUGUAAUUCAGAUAUAAUCUGAAGCCGGAGGUUCAGACUUGGCCCUUGUUCUCAUUGUGACAACAGAAAUUUCAAAUGAAAAUAAGAUGAUUGUUUUAGUGUGACAAGAGAAAAAGUUGUCAUAUUUUCAGUUUUUGCAUAAUCCAUCAAAAAUUCCACAGUGCCACUUUCAUUUUGGGUCUCUUGCAGUGGAAAUUCUUAAUUGUGUUUAAACUCUAUAAUAGCUACUCUUGUCACCUGUAAGGGGGAGGGGGGGGGAAGGUGGGGAGCUAAAGUUCACAGAAAAUCCUUUGGGUUCUAUAUUUUGUAAUUUUUACUAAGCAUAGGCAUUUAGACUAAUAACACCUUGGCUGUAAAACUGUUAAAACAUGCUGGGAAACGAAAGCUAGAAACGAUUAAUUGGAUGUUGACCUUGAGGUUAGGGCUCCUAGUUUGGAUCAGUUGAGAUGAGAAAUGAUGGUGCAGAAUCUGGCCCCAUAGUAUUUUUAUGAGUACAAUACAAUUGGCAAAAAUUAAACAGUAGCAGCCUGUGGAGAGCUGGAAAUGGCAACUCAGUAAAACUAGUCUAAAGGUGACAGUUAACUUACUCCACCCAAACACCAGUCCCCAUCCUACCCAAUGCCUGCCUGACGUCUAAAUGAAGUCAGAGAUACUUGGAUUAUUUCCGGUAUAAAGACAGAAGGUUGGCUAGCAACUGGGGAGGGAAGGAGGUAACAUUUUUAGGUUGAUCUGUUAUUUCUAGUUUCCUUUAUGAAGUGAGCUUGUAUGUAAUAUCCCAUGGUGGAAGCAGUGAGGUCUGACUCAGGUUCUAUUAUAUUCUAAAUUUAAUUUCCAAUUGCUUUAAAUUAUUGACAACCUAAAAUACUGGAAUUGUUACUCAACAAGCUUCCCAUGAUCCCCAGCUUGUUACUCUUGCUGCCACUACCCAAGAAAAGUUUUGCUUUAGAGCAAUCCUUCAUCAGGUACUAAGGCCAACUAAUAGGUGACAAGAAGUUGCAGAAUUGGGAUCAAUCUGAUACUUCAGACCACCAUUUUUUGAGUACUUUUUCCAUAUUUAGUAGUAGUGGCUUGUUCCUGUUGCAUUGAUGUUCAAGUUAAUUUGACUAUUUUCUCUCUUGUAUAAUUGGCCAGUUUUUAGUUAUAUUGCUAGCCAUUCAUGCUACUGAGAUUUUUUUCCAAAUGUUUGAAUGCUGGAUGUUUCGUUAAAGGUAGGUGUUUCUUAAAUGAGCUCAUUUAAAGUCCAUUCACUUGUUUUGAGGCAUUAUAAUAGAGAAGAUAUUGUGGCUGAUUUUAAUUUUUAAAUGAUCGUUUGAAAGUUCUAAUAGAAGUAGGAUUAAGAUUGUAUGGUAAAGCUUCAGAACUACUUUCCUAGAGUUCUUCAUAGGUCCAAAUUCACUAUCAUUAAUUAGCAAGUUGUAAUAAAAUGAUGCAAGCAGUUGAAAUUUGACCUGAAAAACUGAAAUUGUUUGUUACUCUGGCCUGUAAUGUUCUGUAGCCACACUGCAAAAUUAAUAACUUUUACUGUGUCUUGUGUGCACAUUAUUCUUUCAAUUAAUAGCAUCAUUCCUGUAAAAGACUUGAAUGCUGCCUUUUGAUUUCUGUGAAGCUGGUUUUCAUGUCUGUAAAUGUGUUGAUACAAGUGUUAGAAUAUUUACCAAUGUGGCUGUCAGAUGGGUGAGAACUUCCGUUCCUGAAAUGUGCCUUUUGCCUAUUGGUGGCAUUAGCAGAUUACCAUAAAUGGAGGUGAUUUGGCUUUGCAAAAUUUAGUCUGCAGCAUCAAUCUUUUUACUUGCACUCAAAAGGUAGCUCCCUGUAGACAUUUCUGUUUUGGAGCAAGAGGUGGAGGGUCAGUGAAGAUAAUUUACAAGUCGUUUUAUUUUGAAGUUAGUAUGGCCAGCCAGUGUGCGAAAGAAAUGGAGUAGUCAUGAUGUCAGUACCAUUUUGAAGGUGUUGUGGAGCAGCUGGGCCCAUGAAUAGAUUGUCAGCACUGCUACCAGUUAAUUGUCUGUCAAAGCAAAUAGCAGGUCGCAGUGAGUUAUGUGAUCUUAUGUUUCCAUCCCCUGAACCCCUCAAUGCUGCUACAAGCAGAAACCUUUUCAUAACACCAGCAUCUUUUGAGUUCUGGUUGCUGCAAAUAAUUUUGCACAUUCUGGAUGUUACUGUGUGCAACUUGGUUGAACCCCAUGGAAUUUCUCGUGAGUUAGAUUCUGCUAUAGCCAAGGGUCCCAUGUUUGAUGGUAAUUUUAUCAGUUGUUGAAUGUUUAUAAAUUGAUAACCUUCUGCUCAGUAGAAAAUAAACAGCCAAGGGAUUGAACCAGUAGGUUCUAGGAGUAACUAUUGGCCAUCAUAGUGAUAACACUUCUGUACACUUUUUUAAAAAAAACUUGUUCUGAUGAGGAUCCCCGCCCCCAAACAAAUUGCAGGAUUUAACAGUGCCACAAAUGACUUUGAUGUUACUGACAAUUUGCUCUGAGCUAUUGAAACUAAUCUAACAUUAGUUUAAAAUUUCUCUGGGAUUUGAUAAUGCCCAACCUAUGACUGCUCUUAAACUCUAGGAAUCCUGCAGCUGGUGAAGCAUCUCAGUGAUUUAGGGAAGCAGUGGUUCACCUUGUGAAGUUGUACCCAGUGUCAGUCUUAUUAAUGUGCUAUUUUGAUACUGUACUGGUUUUCUUGUAUUUUGCAAUUCCAGUAAUAAAGAGAUUUACCAAAGGAA